GAACGCACAGAUGUCACGUGACACACGAAGCUUGGCGGAUUCUCGUGAACUGCUUGUCACAACCGGCCGCUUUCAAAAUACCCAUUGACAGUGACUGAAUUUAGGGUUGAUUGUGAAGUAAAUUGAUGUGUUCGAAAUCAUUGUGGUUAGUGGUUUGUUAUUUUUUUUAAUUGUCGUCAUCCUGAGUGUUAGGACAUAUCAAAUUCUUUGUGCGGCGUCACAGAUCAUUAGUGAAAAUGCAGAGGCAAGAAAGACAAGUAGAUUCUGCACUUGAUGCUCUCAUAGAAAGAGUCAAUGACAUUAAGCUCACAAUUAUAGGAUUGCUUAAUAAGUUAGAUAGUGAAUACAACUCAAUUAAUUGGCCAACAUUUCUUGAUAAUUUUGCAUUGUUAUCAAGUGAACUAACAGCUAUACGCAAGUUGUUGAAUAAAAAUAGAAUGCCUUGUUUACAAGAGCUGACUGUAUUGCCACUCAAGUUAAGUCCUCAGUGUGAUGAGUCACUGAUGCAAAUGACAGAAGAUCGCGUGCCUGCAUUUGCUCAUGAUGUAGUUCCAAAUUACUUGAGAACACGACCUGAUCCAGAACUGGAGCAACGCCACAAAGAGAUGGAAAAUAAUGUAUCUGACAUGUCACAGGAAGAAAUUCAGAAAGAAGUUGCUGAGUUUUCGGAGGUGGUUGAUCAUGUGUUAAAGAUAGUACAUGAAGCACGUGAGACCUGGGGAAUUGAAGAAACAGCACAUAAAGCCAUGCAGACCAGUACUUCUGCAGACACACAGAUGCUUGCUUCUGCUGUUGGUGUUGGUAGAGGUCUCAGGGUUCCAUUAACUGGUGCAAGAAUGUCAUCCCUACCUGUGAGAUGUGGCACAAACAAUUCCCAGAAUUCUGGGACAGAACCUUCACAUGAGCUUGAUAAUCUUGCUUCACAUGAAAAAACCAAUGGAAAUGUUAAGUCACCAACUCUGAAAACUAAUAUUAAGGCUAGAGAAUCAGAUAACAAAGGAGCAUUCCAAAGAUGAGUAAUUUCAUUGUGAUGAAGAUUUAUUUGUUGUAAAAAAAACCUUUUAAAUUUUGAACCUGAAUGGUACUAUGUAACUAGGAGUAUCAUAUGAUGCAUAUCUUUUAAAUACUUUGUGUUUUUAUAGAUGAGUAAGUUUGAUCAAUUUAUAUGUCUUCAAAACACAGUUUGUACAGUGCGCAGUCUACCUGGAUCAAAAGGCAGCACCAUGUGUACAAUGAUAAACAAGAUUGUUUAUUAUUAGUAGUGUCCCUGAAAGUGUAAUAUUUAACUUAUUUAUUUAAUGCACGCUAAAAUUAUGACAUGACUGAUGAUAUGAGUAAUCACCAUGGAGAUGGAGAAGUUUGUGAAAGGAGAGACUUGGAAAGCCUACUGUAAACCCUCUUUGUCCGCCACCAAUUCCACUUGGAGUAGAUGUGGGCCGACCACAAUCCCUGUGUGGAAGGUGACUGCUUGGACUACUACCCCACACAUCAAAUGCUGUCGAAAUCGGCGUCGCUUCACAACGAUUUUGUCUGUGAAGACAUUUGUCGAUGAAUAUAACAAUAGAGUAUCAUCACGUUGUAACUAGUACCUUGAAGGUCCCAGUAUGUGCUACGCUGUGUAAGCACAAGGUUAUUGUGCUUGUGUUUAGAACUGUGGCUCUCUUGAGCACUCCAUAGCAUGGUGGGUCUGCCCAUAGUUUUACAGAGAGUUCCUAUUAUCUUUGUAUGCUUGUAAUUAUUCAAAAUCUCCAAAGAGGAAACAUUGAAACUUCUAAAAUAAGCUCUUUGUAUAAUAAAAUCCGUGGAUAUUCUGAAUGGCUGAGUCACAAUAAGCACUCAAAAGUUGAUUUGAAAAAAUAAUUUCUCUGCAAAAAGUUUUAUUGCAGACACAAUCUUGCCAGAAACGUGUAAAUUGUUUACUUACAAAAGAAAUGAAUAUAUUUCUUCGGAAAGAAAAAUGAAUCCAGAAAUAAAAAGGCACCCUAUUUACACAACUCGCCUGCUCUUUUAUUCUGGGUUAAUUUAUUUUUCUGAGCGAAUAUAUUUAUUUCUUUUGAAAGUAAUAAUAAACAAUUUACAAGUUUCUGGAGUUUAUAUGCUUGUGCAAAGCAAAUUUUUGUCUAGAAAACACUUUUCAAACAAACUUAUUAGUGUUCAUGGCGGCUCAACCAUUUGAAAUAUACCAAUAGACAAAAUAUGCUCAAGAGCUUAUUUUCAAAAUGUCAAUGUUUCUUCCCUGGACACCCUGUAAUGACACAUUGUCAGUAUGUUAUAUACCUGUUGUUUUUUUCAAUGUUGUAUGGUACCUCUUUCUUUCCGCACCCCUGCUCUCAAGCAAGGGCUGGUGAGGCACUUGCUUGGCUCAGUUAUUUCUAUCUUAGAUGAAAUUUGAGGCUUCUCGAUUCCAUGACCUGUCUCAAUGUUUUAUCAGGCGGUUCAUUCACUAGCAAAGUAAUAUAGGAGCAUAAUCUUGCCUUGCAGCAAGCGACUAAUCUGGUUCUAAUUUACAACCACUAAAGUUUUCAAAAGCAACAUGGGCAGCAGUUAUUUCUUGUGCUCUACUUUGUUACAUUGGUACACAAGUGUGUGCAUAUGCGUUCAAUUCAAUUAAUUUCAAACUUCAUUAUCUAUCCACUGUGUGACGCAGGGAACCCAUGGGAUAGUGCCAAACCUCUCACCAAUCAAAGCUGGGGUCGGGGUUCAAAUCCCUGUUGAUCCAUGUGGAAUUUGUGAUAUGCAAAGCGGGUUUGCGGCAGAUUUCUUCAAGAUUCAUUUGUUUUGCUGUCUUUCAUUCCACAGUUGCUCCAUCACAUUUCGUACCUUUUUCUUAUAAUUACUUCUCCUUCCAAUCAUUCACCCAUUCCAGGUAGCAAUGAUCAUAAGACUUAAUCACUGGCACCAUAAUUAGGAAUAUUCAAAUAAUCUAGUCUGAUGAACUUUGAAAUAUUUGGUAAGUUUGUUGUUCGUGGAUUCAAAAUGGCAAGAGUUAUGUUUGGACGCCUAUAUUCAUCUGCUAAAUCCAUACCAAAUGUGUUUCAGUUUUUUACUAAAAAAUAUAUUGUUUUAUUGUAUUUAAUAUGCUUUGUAAUUUUGUAUGGUUUUAUAAAUUAAAUAUGAUUUUUUUUAAAUGAAGCUUUAACCUAGCUUAAUCUAGACUGUUAAUACUAAAUAUGAGUAGGAAUACUCAGGGAGAUUCGCUUCACCCACAUAGAUAAACUUCAAUGUACUCCAAUGUACAUCAAGAGCCUCUAUAUAUUAUAGGUAUUGCUCAAAAUAGCUUGAAUCACUUCGUUGACAUAUGCUACAGUAGCAAGCAAGAUUUUCUGAGAUAACUGUUAAUUGAGGACACCAGGUCAAGUCUGCAUAUCCUAGGGUGGUGUCUUACACUGGUAUAUGCUUCAAAAAGAAAACUCAUUGUUCUGAAUACUCAUGUGCUCCAGUUUGUUGCCACCAUGCUCAAUAUAGACAUGACAUGCAGCGGUGCUCUGCAACACGUCUAGCUCAGAUCGAAUGGUGCAAUUUGCAUCCCAAAAGCAGAAUGGCCAGCUGACAUUGUGCCAUCUACUUAUGAAACUAGAUGUAGGAGAGUUUAUUUGAGUGAAGCGAUCGUCUUGUGAUAUAUCUUAUAUCUGAUGGAUGAUGAAAAUAAAAUGGAAAAUGACAUUAUCUUCAUUUCAGAGCACAAACAUUAAAGUUGUGUAAAAUAUAAUAUUCCAAAACCUUUUAAAAAUGUUUGUAACUAUCUGUAAAUCUUGAUGUUGAUUUAAAAUAAAUUUUUUUAAAAAUC